AUGGGGACCUUAUCUACCAAUUCGACGAAGGAUGGUGUCACAAACAGCAGUGAGACAGGUUCCACUUCAUACCAUGCAUGUAUGUUAUAGUAGAAUAUUAUAGAUAAAUUUUAGAUCCUGAGAUGACCGCAGAGCAAGAGUUCUUUCUGUAUGAACUUGAAACCACGGAUUCUGGAUCAAUAGGCCUGGUAUUGCGAGCCAUAUAUGAUUCUGGCGAUGUUCAUAAAUUUUCGCGGGCGUUAUCCAGAAGGAUCGCCCAUUAUGAUAAAAACAUCCUCAAGGUCUGCACUUAUCAUUAUCAGGGUUUUUUGGACUCAGUGGGUGAUCUAUCAUCGUUGGGAGAUAAAAGCAGUGUUAUUAAGGUAGUAAUUACUUGAUGUAUAAUUUAGACUUGUUUAGAACACUGUCACGGAGAUUAGUAACGCUGUUAAGGCUGAUGGCGCGGAGUUGAAUAGAAUAAGUUUGGAAGUUAGUCGAUACAGAAAGCUGCAGAAGAAUGCAAAUAUAGCGAUUGACCAGAUUUCUAUGUGUCUUCCUGUUCUUGAAAGUUAUACAAAAUUAAAACAAUUAAUGGAGCAAAAAAAGUAGGAUUUUUGGGAGUUUCAUGUCUUGUUUUAGAUAUUUGCCUGCUUUGAAAGUUGUCGAAGAAUUGGAGCACAAUUAUAUUCCUCAUGUCAACAAGUAUAGGUUCACUAAUUCCCUUUCGAAGUCGGUAAUUCCAAUCCGACAACAAAUUAGGGACAAUUCUUAUUCUGAACUGAAGGAUUUCUUGGAGAGUGUCCAGAAAGUUUGUGGUCGAAUUGGAGAAGAUGCUUGUAAAAAGGUACGGGAACUAACCUUUUGGUCGUAUAAUGAUGGAAGCUUACUUUAGACGUCUAAUCGAGAGAACAUAUUCAAUAUAAACAAAAGAGAUGACAUUGCCAAAAGAAAUGAGACCGGAGGAUAUUCUGUGGAAGCUGAUGGCUCCAUAAUAAAGAAGAGGAGCGAAGUUAUAAGAAUGUCGUCCAGAAAAGAGGAGGAAGAGGAGUUUAAUGCCCAGGAUAGGAUUGAUUACGGCCCCAUUCAUAGCUGUUGUCAGGUGUUUAAUGUGCUCGGCGAGAAGGAGAUCUUCGAAAAAUAUUAUCGAGAACAACGCCGGGAACAGAUCGAGGUUUGCGCGACCGGUCUCAAAGGAGUAUGUUUGCAAUCUCUGUUGAUUAUCUGAUCUUUAGGGUCCUAAUCCUGCAACUUAUAUGAAAUAUCUGAAUGAAGUGAUGGGGUUCUUUAUUGUGGAAGAUACGAUAAUGAAGUAUGAACCCUCCUUGGUCACCGAGGCCCAUAAAGACCAUCUCUGGGAGAUCGCUCUCCAGAAAGUAACUUCCGUGAUGGAUUUACACUUUGUAAGUUUAUUUCAUUUGGGGAAUCUGAUAUUUAAGGGCAACUGCUUCGAUGUUGCCACAAUGUUGAAGAUGAAGAAGAUGAUCUUGAUGUUCAUUGUCACUAUGAAACAUUAUGAUUACAAAGUGGAGGCCGUCUAUAAUCUAUUACAAACCUUCAGGCAUGUUUUUUAUUUAAUUUCUCACAUUAUAUUUAGGGAUCAGUAUAACGAAAUAUUCAUGAAAGAGUACUGUAAAGAAUUUGAGAUCGCGUUGGAAAAGGACAAUUACACUCCCAUUGUUGUAAAUAACGAGGAGGACUUAAAAGCCAUUAUGGAUGAUUUCCCGCUUUAUAAAAGAGUGCAAGAAAAUGUAAGCUUAAAAAUUUUUGUUGAGGAAGUUCCAAUUCAUAAAAAACUAUUGUUGUUAAGUCGUCAACUUGACGGUUAGUCACAUUGUCAAACUGCCAUCGUUUUCGUCACGUCAAAUUGCUCUGUCGUUUUGAUUUUCAAAUUUUUGUAAAUUUCUCCUAAAAAACCUUAUGAAUUUAAAAUUUUUAGGAACUAAAUUUCUCCUUUUUGUCAAAAAGACCAAUGAAAUAAGUAGUAAUACUAGUUGCGACUAAUAUUCGCAGUAUUAAUCAUAGCCCAUGUUAAACUCGCGUGUGAAAGCUUCAUAUAUCAGAAUUUUAAAUUCUCCCCAAGUGUGAUGCUCAGAUUUUUAUAAAACUUGGCACAAAUUUAGACUAAUUUUUUCGAAGAGAUACGAGACUCCUAGUUAGCCCUUUGCAGAAGCGACUGAGAUUUUUAGAUCGAAAGCUGGUAAAAAUGUGACAUUUUUUUGCGAAUUUUAUCAUAAAACUUUUAUGCGCCUUUCUACUAUAGAGUAACGUUUCCAAAAAAAUAGUCUUUUCCGCACGAAAUUGGUAAAGAUAUGGCCUAAAACAGUUUUCCUAUCUGACCGCUCUCCGCGUACUCUCUCGGCGGCAAGGAUCGUUCAAUGUUCGGCUGCCCGUGCAAAGCGCGAGUUUUGAUAUGUGGUCGGUGCCUGGCGAAUGUUGCAAAGUUUUGUCAAAAUCUGAGCGUCGCACUUGGGGCACUUCCCUUGUUGGCCAAAAUGACGGCAAUUUUACGCAUUUUGAAAAAUUCUGCCAAAUUAACAACGCAAUGGAUUUCUUUUAGGAGUCAUUCCCGCGUACGUUACCCUUCUCAGCAUUUGUCCCACGGGUUUUUCAACAGUCUAAACAGUAUCUGAAGGGAUGCCUUGGCUUUAUGGAAAGUCUAGGGUUGAGUCAAAACGAGGUGGAGGAUACGAUAAGGAAGUCUGCUAACUUAUUACUCGAAAGAUGGGCUGUCUCUCUAAAGGCAUUCGUCAGAUCAAAGAAACGAUCUCUGAUUCAGGUGAGCCCAACCCUAUAUUUAUAAGUAUUUUUUAGUUAGUUCAAAUAACUAUCAAUAUGGGAUACCUGGAAAAGUCUUGCGAGAGCUUAGAGCGGUAUAUCACGAAGAUUACGAGUAAAGGGGAUGGUUCGUCAACCUCGUCGAGUCAUUUGGAGCCUCUGAAAAGUCAGGUCUUUCAUGAUUCGCGUUCUGAAGUGGAACAAUUAAUCGAGGAAUCUCUCAAGGACAGGAUUUCACAGUUCUUCGAGCUCGGUAAGUAACCACGAGUCGUAUAUCAUUACGGAACUUCAGCAACUUAUGACUGGGAAUUGUCUCAAUCGAAUGGAGUUUCUAGUGAUUACAUCAGCGAUCUGAUCAACUUCUUAGGCACAACUUUCAGAUCAUUUACAAACCUCCCGACGGUUUUAGCACGUCAUGUCUGUCUACAAGUAAGUGUUAAUGGAAAUCGCAUUUUCGGUACCUCUAGGCCUGCAAAUUUUUGGCCGACCGGCUCUAUUCGACGUUAUUGUCACCGGACUUUAAAUGCAUAAGUCGAGGAGCCCUGGAUCAAUUUAACCUGGACUUGAUGCAAUGCGAGCUCUUCGCUUCAAGCCGGCCAGUUGACGGGUUUGAUGAUUCCACCCUACCGAUGACUUUUGCGCAUAUACGACAAUUAUUGGACUUGGUGAUGAACGAAGAUUGGUCAACCUAUCUUGCUGAACGGAGCCAGCGAAACAGCAAAUAUGUCCGGGUUACCACCCAAAGCGCUUCUACAUUGUUAGAAAAGUAAGUUUGUCGGUAAUGAUCACUCAAUCCUCCAGAAUAAUCGAAUUCGAAAAGAAAAGUAGCGGGUUCUUUGGCAUCGGACGUGCCCAAGAUCGAAAGAAACUGUAUGAUACGAUACUGCGACAACUACGCAACAAUACAUAA